AACAAUGCCAUGCAUUAACACAGCUCACGCACGUGAAUCCCACGUGUCAAGAUGCGCCAGGCGAUCGUCGUCCAGCUUACAACACUCUAUUAGCCUUCCAUUCACUGCCACGAGACCCAGGUCUACUUUUGAUUGAGGCGGCUAAUCGGAGCUCAACGGCUUGCGGGUCGUCUGUUUCAGCCUGACAAUAUGGGACAACUGUCGAGCCGCCAUGCAGGUUCGGUAAGAGAUAGCCAUCGAUCAGUUCGUCCGAUAACAUCCAAGCAUACCAAAUCACACGCAUGUCGGAAUAGCGCAGGAAAUGUACGUGAUGCACCGACAUCAAGACGACGAACAAGCUCGCAUUUAGCAGAAGGCCAAAGCACCAAAUCAUUGACGUUGAGCGGUCCCGCUCCCGCAAGACGCCACAAAGAACAUCCGGCGCGGCACUCGAAUAAGUCUAUACUACGAAGAAAGUCUCCUGUACGGGAUAGAGGUUACGAUGAGCCUGGAUCUAUUGUUGCGAAACAGAUCACAGGGUCCCAACUCUCGCUGACUGUGUCAAAUCGUCGAACGCCACGGCAAAAGAAAGAGUGCCUAGUCUGUACCGACAACCGCUUAGUCUCUCGCUUUCCGACCCAUCCUCCGACCGCACGAUGUGUUCACAAUGCAGACGUAUGUCGGAGAUGCCUCAGAACGUGGAUCGAUACUUCCUUCGCCGACAGGGUAUGGGAUGAGAUUGACUGUCCAGUCUGUUCCCAGCGUUUGGCCUACGAAGACGUCCGCGAGUUCGCUCCCUCAGAAAUCUUCCGCAGGUACAAGAAAUUAAGCACCAAAGCUGCAUUAGAAGCUAUACCAGGCUUUCAUUGGUGCCUUACGAGAGGAUGCAAGUCGGGCCAGGUAAUCAGGACAGGCACCAGCAAGUUCUGUUGCGUGAAUUGCAAGAAUACUCAUUGCAUCGAGCACAAUAUGCCAUGGCACAAGCGAGAGACUUGUAAGGAAUUCGAUUACAGAACCAACAGAAAGCUGAAGAAGGAAGAAGAGAUAGCGAGUAAGAAGUGGUUGAAGGAGAAGGCUAAGAGAUGCCCUGGGUGUAAACGCCCCAUCGAGAAGGCUAAUGGGUGCGACCAUAUGACAUGCUCGAAGUGCAGACACGAAUUCUGCUGGGAAUGCCGGGCACCUUACAAGAAGCCUAGAGAUGUGAUGUCGGUCGCUCAUCGUGUUGAUUGCAUUCACCAUGUUUCGCGUACCGGUGACAACGAUUGGGAUGGGAGAUUCUACUACGGUCGAUAGGCUAAAAGACCUUCUCUUUCAUGAGGCUUGGCCUUGACCUC